ACAUUGUCGUUUUGCUACAAUUCUGUCUGGGUUAUAGGAGAAAAUCGGCAUAGAAGAGUGAGGCGUCGAGAUUGUUGGUGAGCUUGGUGUUAGGAUUUUUUAUUUUUUUUUUUAUCAGAAGAGAGAUGUCCCAGGUGGCGGUGACCUCGGAGGCUGUGGCGUUGAUGGGGGAGACGGUGGCUGAGGCGACUAUGAACUCAUGGCUUUCAUCUCUGCCGUGCCGGAGAACAAGAUAGCCGCUCUGUUUCAAUCACUGUUGUUCAAAGCAUGUGGCCGUACAGUGAAUUUGGUGAACAGCGUCGUUGGUCUCCUCUCUGCCGGAAAAUGGCAGCUGUACCGAGCCGCUGUGGAUACGGUGCUCGAAGGCGUCGAAUUGCGGCCGAUCUAUGUUGGAAUUCCGUAUCCGGAUGGCGAUGAAGGCUCUUAUGCGUUUCUCGUUAACUACAUAAAGUUUCAAAAUCGGCACUGUUGGGCUCCUCGCUGCCGAAAAAUGGCAGCUGUGCCGAGCCGCCGUUGAGACGGUGCUCGCAGGCGGCGAAUUGUGGUCGAUCUACGCUGGAAUUCUGUAUCCAGAUGGUGAUGAAGGCUCCUAUGCGUUUCUCGCUAACUACACGAAGUUCAAAAUCGGCGCCGUUGGUCUCCUCUCUGUCAGAAAAUGGCAACUGUGUCAAGCCACCAUGGAGACAGUGCUCGCAGGCGAUGAAUUGCGGACGAUCGACGCUGGAAUUCCGUAUCCGGACGGCGAUGAAGGCUCCUAUGUGUUUCUGGCUAACUCGAUGAAGUUUCAAAAUCGACUCUUUGAACACUCAACCGACUUCAAUUUCUCUCCGGCGUCAUGAUGAUCGUGAACUUAGAGAAUUGAGAUCGUCAUCUUUAGGUAAAUGAUCUGUUGGUCAAGCGAUUGAUAAAAUGUGAAAUUGACGGCAAAACACCCGAUCAACACCGUCGCCGACAACGUCAUUAUAAACAACGGAUUGUGCCAGCGGUAAGCUAUUCGAUCGGAUCAUUCAAAACUCUGAGCAUUCUGCAGCCAUGGCUGACUCGUCCCAGUUGGAAUCGGGGGUGAAGCGGAUGCGAAGUGAUGACUUGAGAUGAGAGAUAGCCAUGGCCGCAAAAUUGGUCCGGCGAUCUCUGCACGUUCCGGCACCUCCUUCACCUUCAUUAUCAUCGUCACCAACAGCCACCAGAAACAAUACAAAUUUUUUUUUUAUAAAUAUUAAUAUAUAAUUGAAGGCUAAAUUGUAAAAUAACACAGUUUAAUGGGUAUUUUCGGAAAAGUAAAAGGGCAAAAUUGGUAUUACAUCAAUAAUUUAUGUAAGAUUUAUGACAAAGGGGUAAUUUUGCAC